AUGGCCGCUUCAACGACUACCCGCCCGACGCUGCCAAAGCUGAAGACGCCUCAGACAGCGUCUUUUCCCUCUCCAUUCCCCUCUGAACUCAGCGCCCGGUCUGCUCGCACGCCUCUCUCUGCUUUCCCCGACUACAUCAAGAUCGAGUGCGAUACCAAGACCCCCAUCACCCCGCCGUCCGCCUACCUCGAUUUCCUCAAGAGCAUGGCUUCACCCGUCGUAGCCGACAAGCCCAAGUCUGGCUCGACAACUCCCUCCUCCACCGCCCACUCCGACGGCGGCUCUACCACCUCAGUCUCACCCAUCACCGACGAUGACCACACCCUCCCACACAAAUCACCCGCGCCCUCGCCUUUUGUCUACCCCACCUCCGCCCCCUCCACCUCUCGCAUCCGCCUCCGCAUACCUCCCUCCCCCGCCUUCUCUCUAAAGGACGCCCGCUCCCCGCUCAGCGCAAACCCAUACAGCGCACACCCUAUGAGCGCCACCAGCAUUCGCUCCCCCUUCAGCGCCCGUAGUCCUCACGACUGGGACAUCGCGCUCAAGGGACGCUGGUUCGACGUCAAAAGCCCGAAGACGAGCCGUAGCGGCGUAAAACAAAUACGUGAGAUUGUCACGCGCACCGUCACAUAUACGCCGAGGAUGAGCGCGGCGCCGAAGGGGAAGAGGAGGAGGAUCGAGUAG